AUGGCCCGUCGGAGAUCGGAUCUGGAGCCCUCGGUCCGGCUCUAUGUGGUAUCCACGGGGUGGCCCUACAAGCCCAGCCACUCGCCCUUCCGCCCCAAGCUGCUACUCUACGGCAGUCGAGCCACUGGCUCGGGAGCCUUCGAGGGAUGUCUGCAGGCGGCGCCGCUGUGCCAGAGGCUGCUGCGACCAGACCACGACUGCCUCUUCCUGGUGGACGUGAGCGAGGUGGCGGGACCGAAGGACUGGCAGGAGGAGUUGAUUCGGCCUGGCCGGGCCCGGCGCAUGUUGGAGAGGUGGUUUGCCAAGUUCAAUUGCAAGGAGGCCACCGUCCUGGCGUAUGGCGAAGACGCGGAGCUCUGGGCGCCGUUGCUGGCGCUCCACGGGGAGCUCCGCGUCGCGCGGCUGGUCCUCGCAGACGGCGAGGCGUCGGGCAGCGCCAAGGCCCAGGCGGAGAAGGCGAAGGUGGAGGUGCAGUCUGUUGACUCCAAGUCCAUUGUAGAGGCUGUCACGUCCCAAAGUGAGUCAAACCUGGAGAUCGAGGACUUGUACUUCACGGCUGUGGACUUCGACAUCGACCGCAAGACCAAGCAGCUGCAGCAGGUUGCCACGAACAUCACCAGCCUGGUCGCCCAAGCCAUUGCUGCAGUGCCCAAAGAGCAGGCACCGGAAGCGGUGGCUGCUACAGUAUCCGUGGAAACUGAAGGGGCCGACCUCUCAGUGCCUCCAGAAGUGGUGGCUAUGCUCUCCGAUCAAAGCGUCGGAGGCGGUCAAUUCAUGUCCACCCACUGCCUGGUGCCCGGUACUUCCUUCGCAAAUCUGGCGGUGAAGGUUCUCAGUUGCCGCGCCGAGGACCAGGUUCUCCGGGUGCAGCUGGCGGAUUGCCACGGGCGCGUGGAAGGGAUCAGCUCGGAGGAGUUGACGGUGGGUGCCACGGUGAGUGUGGCAGGCCAGGCCAUCUCCCUGGAGGGUCGACUCUUUCUGCUGGUGCAGCAGGUGGCCGGACACGCGGGACUUCGCGAAGGCUACGCGCCGGCAGCGCCCUCGGCGGGGAUGGUGCGGCGCUACGGGUGCCUGGUGCUGCGGGGCAAGAAAUGCGUCCUGGCAAGGGACUCAGCUUCAAAGCUCUUCAUCCCUACGGAGGAGGCGCAGUACCAGGAGCUGCCGCAGCAGGCAGCCGUGAGAGCGCUGGCAGAAGCCUGCGACAUCUACCCCGAGGAGUUUGUUUUGCUCCGCGACGUGGCACCGGCGGUUUUCUACGAGACCUCGCCAGGCCCUCCGGUCGUCACGACCAUCUUCCCGGCGCUGGCGACGAACCCGCCGCCUCCUGGGACGUCCGAGGAAGAGGAGGUUCUUGAUGAGGAGGAUGCCUACGACUGGUUCCGCUACGACUCGGCCCACCGGCUGCUUGCGCUCAACGAGCGGCGCGCGGUCACACGCCUGGCCAUGGACGUCGAGGCCGCGGUGGGCGCCAACGUUGUGACGCCGUCGUUUCCCUGCACCUUCGGCCCUGAACCAGAUAUGCCGGACAUGCCGGAGGUGAGCCAGGGCUAUGCAAGAAGGCCCUUCAAGAGAGGCAAGAAGUGGGCCGCCUGCAAGGAUGGCUGCUGUUGA